AUGAACACAAGCUUCAUGAGAAACACUAAGCAGAAAGUAGGAGUUGAAGCUGGCAAGAUUAGUAUUGAUCCAGUUAAAAGACCAACCCAGUCAACAUCCAUGAUCAUCAAGGGUCUAAGUGUUCCUGGACAGCAGUCAAAUUCAGCGUUGGAUUUGAUAGAACGAAUUAGACAGAGAUGUGGGAAGACCAUGGGUAGUGAUCUUAAUAAGCAAGUUGAAGGACAAGACAAGAAAGGAACUAAAAAGCAUAGCAAAAGAGCUGAAACUAACUGA